AUGAGAAUCUGUGUAGUUCUUGUAUCUCUUCUGAGCCUUGGGGUGGUCUACACCUCGCCAGUACUUACCGGCAAUGUUGGCUUUAACAUUGGACAUAAACGCGCCGAUGGUGCAUGUAAGACAACAGAUGAUUGGAUUGAAGACUUUCGAACUAUACGAUCAUGGUCACAUGACAUGGUCCAAGUCAAUACUGCAAGACUAUUUUCAACUUCAGACUGCUUCAAUCUUAAAAACGCUGUGCCAGCUGCGCAGGCAACAUACAUAAAAAUCUGGGUUACUAUCUGGGCCACACCUAAAGACAAGUAUAUCCGCGAGCGGGAUGAGCUUGAAUAUGCUAUUAGAACUUGGGGAACGGAUUGGAUUGCUGGAAUAAAUGUCGGAUCAGAGCAUCUGUACCAGGGUAGUCUGAAGCCCGCAACCUUGGCCCGUUACAUUAAUCAAGUGAAGAUGUUGGUCAAAGUAACGUUAGGUGCUCCACAUAUUGCAAUCGGGUGUGCCGACACCUGGACCCAACUGGUUUCUCCCGCUACGAAGAUCGUUCUGGGGGUAUCAGAUGUCGUCUUAACAAAUGGAUUUCCUUAUUGGCAAGGAAUACCGAUCGAAGCUGCUGGAGGUAUUUUUACUGGAAACUUUAACACAGUCAAGAAUCUUAUUCCUGAUAAGCCUAUCAUCGUUGGCGAGACUGGUUGGCCUUCUGCUGGUCCAUCUUUUAAAGGUGGUCAGACAUCCGUCGCAAAUCUUCAGAGGUACUGGUACGAUACUGCUUGCCCGCUUGUGAUGCAAGGGAUCCCAGUUUUCUGGUUCAGUGCUUUCGACGAGCCUGCAAAAGAUGGGGAGAAUGGUGAUGUUGAGAAACAUUUCGGCGUAGCAAGCGUGGACAGACAUCUAAAAAUCAGCCUCAAUUGCUAA